AUGGCUUCGGCCCGAAGUCUCGCCCUUGUGGCUGCUGCGGCAUCCAUGGUAACGACAGUCCAAGGAACUCACCCCCUAACAACCGACUCCAACUGCCAUUGCUACAACACCAACGCCACAGUGACCAACUUCUUCUCACAUCAUCAGUUCUUCGAUUUCCGGUCUCUCCACCAAUAUUCCGGCGUGCCGGAUCCCAUCGAUAGCUUCGAGGCCAAUGCCCAGGCGGAGCCCUCCAGCGACUUCUUUGCGAACCCGGACCUCUUUACCAACUCUUGGGCCAUCAUGAACUGGAACAACACGGCACUCCUUGGACUGGGGGACAGCACGGUCAACGAUGCCACCGUCAAGAUGGUCAACAGCCCCAACAACAUCUACAUCGAGCACGACCAGGAGCAACCGCAAAUGACGCACAUGACCCUCCGCACAAUCCGCCAUGCCGACUUUCAGUCCUCGGCCGAAUUCGAGUCGGUCAGCCAGGGCUACCAUUUCCUCUCAGUGCGCAUGCAAGCCCGGACCAGAGGCGCCGCGGGAGCCGUCACGGCCAUGUUCACCUACCGGCCGCCGCCGGAGGCGGAUGAAAUCAGCCUCGUGCAGGAGGCCGACCUGGAGAUCCUCACACGUGACCCGGCUUCGUACGUGCAGUACACGAACCAGCCGGCGUGGAACGAUACGAGCGACAUCCCCGGUGCCACGCGCAACACGACGCUCCCCAACGGCCGCCGCUGGACCGACUGGGCCGAGUACCGCAUGGACUGGACCCCGGGCAGCAGCACAUGGUUCGUCAACGGCCAGCUGGCGAGCCGCAUCACCUUCCAGGCCCCGCGCGACCCGGCCCAGGUCAUGUUCAACACGUGGAGCGACGGCGGCAGCUGGUCCGGCAACAUGUCGGUCGGCGGCGAGGCCUACAUGCAGGUGCGCUGGAUCGACAUGGUCUACAACAGCACCGACCCGGGGGCCGGGCGGCAGGGCGGCUGCCGCAACGUGUGCAGCAUCGACGAGACCACCAAGAUUGGCACGCCCGUGCUGUUGACGGGAGGCCCACAGGGCGGCCCCGCGGCGUGCGCCUCGGCCAAGUACGGCCAAUGCGCGGGCAAGACCUGGAACGGAUGCCAGAGCUGCCAGGCGGGCUCAACCUGCCGGUUUCAAAACGACUAUUACUCCCAGUGUUUGUGA